AUGUCUGACACGCUUGCCAGGGAGCGAAGGUUCAAGCUCGCAGAGAGCAAGCUAGACGAAGAGGUAGAUGAGGAAUUGUCGUCCCAAAGCGAGGAAGAAGUCGGCGCUCAGACGUCUGGGCCUCGGGCAACCUCCGCGAGCGCGAUGCCCGAGCCCAUCACGGCGCUGAGAGGUCUCACAAGGAGGGGAAAGCCAAGGAAGGUUUUCCGUUAUCUCGAGGGUCUUGAUACUCUCGGUGGAUCCGGUAGCCUACAGGCUAAACAAGCAGAAGGGGAACCAGAUGCCCCCGCACUUUUGCUUAGCAAAUCAGCAGAAACCGCUUCUUCAUCCGACCUCGGUCCGAAAAGACACGGGAAAGAGUCAAAAAUUGCGCGGAAAGCUGAAGGAAGGAAGCCAAAGAAGGUAACAAUCGCAUGCGUCUUCUGCCGGCGCAGCCACAUGACCUGCGAUGAUAGCAGACCGUGCAAACGAUGCCACAAGCGAGGAAUUAGCCACCUUUGUCGAGAUGAAGAGGUGCAACCAGGCUCGACGGGCGGCAACUCGGCAGCCUCAAAAGCAAAGCUUGCGUCUGCCACCAAGGGUAAAGCCAGGACAAAAAAGCCAACCCCGAAGCUCACAAUCGAAGAAAAGACACAUCUUGCUUCUCGACGAAGAAGCACGACAAGGCUUUCUUCGGAAUCGUCGUCCUCAGAGGACUCGAAGAGCGGCGAUGCCGAGGAAGCAUCGCCAUCGCCAGCAUCUGGUGUGUUUCCCAUUCUCACCAAAACGGCUUCCGACCAGACUUUCCAGGACCUGCAGCCCCAGCCAUUCCAAUUUCUUCACCAGAUCGAGAUGCAGCAGCAGCAACAGCAGCAACAACAACAACAACAGAGCGUCUUUUCAGAUCGACCAGACGAAAGUGGAAACCGUGAUCUGUUGGACGAGCUUCUCAACGACUUCCCAUCCAUGUCGCAGCCGCUAGCAUUCGAAUGGGACAGUACUACGUUGCCUUUCGUGAACGUCAUGUCUAGGGACCCUUCGGCGAUGACCAUGACAACUUCGACGACAGCAACGACGGCGGCGGAAGAGAUGGGAGGGUCGUCAUCUAGACUUAGCAUCUCUCUCGCGAACGUGACAGAUCAAAGAACAGAUCCACCUACGGAGCCAGAUCACCGCCUUGAACACCACUACCACUCGCACCAGCAUCUGCAGCAGCCACAGCCUCAGCUUCCUCACAAUCUCCCGCAACUACUGGUCGAGGGUGGCGGUGGGAGCCCAGGGAUCAGGGUAGAAACAGGUGUCAGCGGUCUCGACCUCCAACAACAUCCAUCGCUAUCACCUGCCAUACCGUCUCCUUCGACGUCGACACCCUCAAGUAGUGCAGCGAGCAUCGGAGGAGGGCGGCUUCUCACGCCGGUAGAAUACGCUGCCAUGAAGCUGAAUCAGCAGCAGCUCCAGUCACCCACCUCUAUGAUCUCUGACGCCGAUCUGGAGCUGCUGAAAAGUGAAGACCAGUUAGGGAUGCGGCGUGUCAAAGGUUGGGUGCAGGACAUGUCGGGCUUGAGUUGCUGGGAUGCGGGUCUCUCAACCCGCAUCGUCCGGUCUCUCUCGACCAUUUGCUCUGCCUUGUCCAAGGCAUCCUUGAUACGAGAUGCAAAUGACACGAGAUGGUACAACGAAUCACUCAUCUCGCAGCAGCUGCAUCAAACAAUUCUCUCCUCGACGGACCAGAGUCAGCCACCGACCUUCCUUGCAAAUCGAUGGGGAGACAUCAAGACGUGCAAUCUGGCCUUCUCCAGCCUCGUCAACCACGAAGCCACGUCCUCCAGCCAAAAUCACAGCCAACAUCCCGUGGAGGGAAGCCUCCUUUCGAUCCUGAGCGCCCCGCUGAGCGUGUCGAUCUUCGAACAUCUCGCGCAGCUCAUUCGCGAACCUGCGCUGACGUCAAACCCAACUCGCCUUACGGGUCAAAUACUCGUCAAGAGGACGACACGCCAGCCUGGAGCAGCAACAACUAAAAAGGAUGACGAAUCGGAACAUGAAUCUAGAGCAACGAUAGUCUCCAUUGCCUGCCACUUGUCUCUGCACGUGUGGCUCGAUGAUACAGGUUCUCCCAACCUCGUCGGCAAGCAACCAAACCUCCUUGUCGGCGUUCUCUCUCCAAUACUGUAG